UUUGAAAUGGCAGCAAUGCUGUGAGAUCAUCUGCUCGCACCAGCCUGUGCCAGGUGUUACCCAGGCUGGAUGCAGCUCCUCAGCCCGUGUCCCUCCCUCCUUGUGCCCCCGACCUUCAGCUUCCUCGGGAGGCGGAGGUCACCCUCCGGCGUGCCACCGGCUCUGCCUCCUUCCUGCCGAACCUGAUCCCUGCCUGGACGAGCCCUGCAGCCAGAGCACCCUGGGCAGGCCGAGGGGCGGCUCCUGGCAGGGUGUGGGCACAGCCCCGGCUGGGGCAGCGCUGAGGGCACACAGGGGGGAGCGGGGGCUGCGGGCAGGGCAGAGCGUGUCCGGCCCUGCUGGCUUUGGGCCAGGUGAGGUUUCUCCAGUGGCUUUGAGGACAUGGAGCUGCCCUAGGAGCUGAGGAAAGCCUAAUCCAUGCAAGAGCUGUGCCAGGAGGAUGGAUGGGCUGUUGCUGCGGGGUCUCCUCCUGCGCGGCGAUGCUGUGCUGUCGGUGUGUUUGUGUUUGGGGAGGAGCUCGGCCCAUGGUGCUGGGGGACACCGGGCACGUGUGCUGUCACCCUGACGGUGGCGGGAGGCUGGGGCUGUGUACCCCUUGCCUGGGAGCCAAGGAGGAUGUUGUGGAUUGAUAAGGACGGCCACCACUUCUCUGCAGGCCCUGAGAUGCCAUUGGGGGGUCGUGAUGGGCCCCCCCCAGUUAUCCCCGAGGGCCGAGCGGGGUCCCGUGAGUGAGGGAGAGCGGCUUUGAGGUUCGGGGGCUGCCCCGAGCCCCCUGCCCGCGGCUGGGCUGGCCGUGCAGCUGCCGUGUCACCCCCCGAACCCCGGGCAGGGGGCUGCAACCUGAGCCUGUCCCCAGGGUCCUGCAGCCCCGCGGCCUCGUCCCGGCCAGGAGGACAAGUUAAUUCCCAGAGAGAUGCACCCCGAGCCCCGCAUCUGCCGCGGGCACGGGGGAUGGGGGGGCGCGUGGGGCCGGGCACAGGUGCGGGGCCGCCGCCCGGUUAUAAAUAGCGGGGAGGGGCGGCCCGGCUCCCCCCGUGCUCGGUCCCCCCCUCCAGGGCUCGGAGCGGAGCGGGAUGCGGCGCCCUGCCUCCCUCCCUCCUCCCGCCCGCCGGCAGCAUGAGCCCGUCCUUCCUCCUCCUCCUCCUCGCCUUGCCCGCCCGCGCCCGGCGAGAGCAGGUGCCCGGCGGGGCGCAGCGGGGCCGCAACGCCCCCGCGUCUUCCUCCUCCUCCUCCUCUUCCUCCUCCCCGGCGGCGGCGGCGGGGCCGAGCCGCUUCCCGCGGAGCCGCCCGGAUCGGCGGCGGGGCCGGCUGUACUGCCGGGUGGGCAUCGGCUUCCACCUCCAGCUGCACCCCGACGGCCGCGUGGACGGCGCCCACGACGCGAGUCCGCUCAGUAUUUUGGAAAUAUUUGCUGUGUCUCAGGGGAUUGUAGGAAUACGAGGAGUUUUCAGCAACAAAUUUUUAGCGAUGUCAAAAAAAGGAAAACUCCAUGCAAGUGCUCGCUUCACGGUGGACUGCCAUUUCCGAGAGCGCUUCCAGGAGAACAGCUACAACACCUACGCCUCGGCCGUGCACCGCAGCCCCCGCUCGGGCCGCCCGUGGUACGUGGCGCUCAACAAGCGCGGCAAGGCCAAGCGCGGCUGCAGCCCCCGCGCCCGGCCCCAGCACGUCUCCACGCACUUCCUGCCCCGCUUCGGGCACCCGCAGCCCCCCGAGCUCGCCUUCACCGUGGCCCUGCCCGACAAGAAGCCGCCACCCAAGGCCCGGCCCGCCCCGGCCCCGCCGCGCAGGAGCCCCGGCCCCGCCCGCUACCGGCUCAAGUUCCGCUUCGGGUAGGGCCGCGCCGGGCAGCUCGGGAGUGAGCCCGCGGCGGGGACCCAUGUCCCCCUCCGCGCAUGGACACCGGGAGCCUCCCGGGCCGGGAUCGGCCUCGUCUCUUCACCGCACGGACCGGGCGGCAUCCCCGGAGGCGUGCCAAGGAGAAUUCCUGCCGUGAAUUCCAGCACUGGACGGGACCUCGGGUGAGCGUUCUGUUGUUGGGACCCUGAGUAGGAAGGUACCUCUACAGCGAACAUGUUUUCUUGUUUUCACUAGUGACUCCUUCGACAAUCAUUUUCACACGAGAGAGAUGUUCAGAACCAAGCGGUUUUGUUUGUUUUUCUCGCAUCUCCUUCUUGCUGCACUUUUUCCUCCGACCAUACCUCAGGCACCGUGCAUCCAGGUCUGUCCCUCUCCCUCUCUCGGAAGCCAGCUCUUCCCUUCCACAGGUUAAACCCAGAGACCAAGCCCUGCGAACUCUGCCGCCUUACCUGUGGUGCGGGGCGCUCUCCAGACCCUUUGUUGGCAAUAAUGGAUGUGUGGAUGUAUUUUGUGGGGGUCGCAGGCCGGGGGACGGUGGCUGCUUGCAGCCCGCCCCUGGCGGUCUCUCCCGUUCUUCCCUGGACAGCUGGAGGAGCGAGUCUCCUCCUGUCCGUCCGAGCACAGAUUGGAUGCCUGCUUUGAAAUACCUCUGCCCCAGUGCCGGGGCAUUCCCGCUCCCUGGAGGAGCCCCCCCGCAGGUAUCCCCCACGGGAUAGGGAUGCCUGUGGCCCCCAGGUGCCCACCGGUUUCGUCCAACCUUUUUUGCUGCUGAUUUAUUUUAUCACACUCAAUACAUUUGCAGAGGCAGGAAGCAAGGUUUUUGUUUUCCAGGAGCGUGGCGAUGUGGCAAUAAGUGCUGGUACAGCUGCUGGUCCCCUGGGGAGUGUUUCCCCCACUCUGGCGGCCCUGAUGUGGAAUUGUUUCUCCAUCGUGAUAGUAGCAGUGCACACGGAGUUUGCAGUGGGUGUUUAGCAGCGUUGCUGUUCGUGCAGGCACUGGUAGCAUCGAACCUCACCGGUGAAGCCUUAAUAGGAGCCCAGGUGGGCUCAGGUUGGCAGAGCCCCUCAGGACAUGAGCCCUGCCAGCGUCCGGCAGCAAUAAUCAGGCUCUCCUCCGCAUCUGAGUGUGGCUGUGUCCUUUGGGGUUGUGGUUCUUUGCCUUUGUCAUCCCUCUGGCAGCCCCUGGCCGGACAUGUGUGCUCCAUGGGACGGGGAUGCUGGAAUAAAACUGUUCUGUUUC